AUGGCAGAUGAAGCAGAUGCAGCGGGAAGGCGGGGCGGGGCGGAGGCCCCCUGGGGCCCUGGGAUGCGGAACCGCGGGCCUGGGCGGAGGCCACGGAGCUCGAUCAAGUCCCUGGAGGAAAUCUAUCUCUUCUCCCUGUCCAUCAAGGAAUCUGAGAUCAUUGACUUUUUCCUGGGGGUCUCUCUCAAGGACGAGGUUUUGAAGAUUAUGCCGGAGCAGAAGCAGACCCGCGCCAGCCAGUGCACUAGGUUCAAGGCGUUUGUUGCCAUCAGGGACUACAAUGGCCACGUCGGUCUGGGUGUUAAGUGCUCCAAGGAGGUGGCCACUACCAUCCGCAGGGCCAUCAUCCUGGCCAAGCUCUCCAUUGUCCUCGUGCGCAGAGGCUACUGGGGGAACAAGAUCUGCAAUCCCCACACCGUCCCUUGCAAGGUGACAGGCCGCUGCGUCUCUGUGCUUGUGCGCCUCAUCCCCGCUCCCAGGGGCAUUGGCAUCGUCUCGGCGCCUGUGCCCAGGAAGCUGCUCAUGAUGGUUGGUAUCGAUGACUGCUACACGUCAGCCAGGGGCUGCACUGCCACCCUGGGCAACUUUGCCAAGGCCACAUUUGAUGCUGUUUUUAAGACCUACAGCUACCCGACCCCCGACCUCUGGAAGAAGACUGCAUUCACCAAGUCUCCCUAUCAGGAAUUCACUGACCACCUCCUCAAGACCCACACCAGAGUCUCGGUGCAGAGGACCCAGGCUCCAGCUGUGGCUACAACAUAGGGUUUUUAUACAAGAAAAAUAAAGUGAAUUA